UGAAACAGGAGAAGGAAGAAGUUGUGUGAAGACAAGAGCGAGACAGAGACAGGAACGGGAGAGAGACGUAGAGAGCAACCUUGGGAUUGCUGAGGUGUUGUGUUUUCGCACACCCUCAUCGUUACCCGAGAACUCACAUUGGAAGUGCAGAUUCAAGCAAAAGCCUGAAGACCUCGGGACCUUUGAGCUUAAUUUUCUUUUCGUCCUCGAAAAUGGAAUUGUGCAGUGGAUUUACACCUCGUCACAGUUCUAGCCCCGUCCAAACGAUGCAAUUGUCGAGGAGGCCUUGUGAUAGUUUCGUUGCAAGGGCUUCGUCUGUAAAUUUUCAUGUGGAUGCGCCCACAGCAGUGAACUUCGGGAAAAUUCUUGGGGUAAACCCGAGCGCUAGCAAAUCGGAAUUGAAGGCUGCGUACCGGAAGUUGGCUUUGCGAUUCCAUCCCGAUGUUUGUAAGUCUGGUGAUAAGAGCGAGGUUGAUUUCAUGGAAGUGAAUAGGGCUUACGAGUCCCUCAUGGCAAUCGCAUCCUCGGGCAACCAAGUCCAACAAGGAUAUGUGUAUUCCUCAUACGACGGCGAAUCAUCCGCGUACAAUGGGUUCGAGGCGGCCAAGUCUGCAUCCGCCGGACAGGAAGAUGAUCCAUGGGCGUCUUUCUUGCAGAGUCUAGUGAAUGGUACUCACGAGGAGCUUCGGGAAGAUUACUCAAAUUAUUACAGUAACUUGAAACAAUACUCUAAAGCCAGCCGCAACAAAAGAUAUCAAUACUAUCAAGGGAACUGGUAGCUUGUCACGACCAGACGCUAACUCGGAUUGGAGCAAAAUUUUAUUAUCUCAAGAAUUCUUGAGCAUUCUUUUGGGUGAGCAGUGUUGUGAUGGCAACACUACGGAUUUAACUUUCAAAAAAAGAGAUCCAGUGUUGGCAUCAUCUGCUCGAUCCUCCUCUAACUAGAGAACUUUAGCGAUAGAGCAAAAUUAUUAUUUUGAUAGGAGUCCAUGAGGUUGAAACGGAACCACCUUUGCAACCGCAAGCACCGUGUUGCUACUGUACUUUAGUCCUUCUCAAUCUACUGGACAUUGUCCUUGGAACAAUUUUUUGCGUCAAA